CCCACCUCCGCCUCCGCACCGCUCCCCCCUCUCCCCGCAUCUGCGCUUGCCGCACCUGCGCCCUGUACAUACCGCCCCGCCCCACGCGAUCGCCCCCAUCUCACCUUAUCAGCAUGGAUCCAGUCGGCGGCAGCUCCAGCGCAAGCAUGAACAUCAAGAAGCAGGAGGACAUGGACGGUAUGGGCCCGAAGUCGGACCAGAAGGCCGAGCAGAAGCCAGUCGUCAGGACGCUGAACAGGGUACCCCGUGCAUGCAAUGCCUGUCGCAAACAGAAGAUGCGAUGCGAGGGCGCGGAGAACCCGCCAUGUAGACGUUGUCGCCACGCCGGGCUCGAGUGCCUGUUUGAGAAGCCGACGAGGGAGGCCAGUCUGACCGGAGAGGCCGGACUAGAACGCAUACGAAGCCUCGAAUCCCAUGUCGCAGAUAUACGCGCGUCACAGACCGCGAUUCAGAACACCCUGCUGGAAAUAGUCUCACAUUUACGCGGCGGGGGGAGCGUAAGCGUUCCAAUAACCUCUCGCUCGCCAUCGACGUAUCCCCCAUUCGCCCACCAUUCUCCAGGGGGGCAGAGUUUGGGGUCACCGGCAGUUUCUACGCCUUCUACCGGUGCGUAUUUUCCUCAAGACACGAUGAACACUACCCACACCCGGCAUGGUGCAGCCACAAGCACCUUGACAUCCAGUCAUGCGAUGCCAAAUCCCGCCGCCCAACGGCAACACAGAGAGCCUCAUCCACCCAUGUAUCCACCACCCGCCCCUUCACAAAGUCUUCGACCAGCGGGACCUGGCGACAUGCACACUCAAGGCCCUCCCGGUAUGAUGUACAGUAACGGCGGAGCCGGCCAACAUCCAGCGCACGGACCCAGUCUGCCACCAUUUUCCAGCAUCGAAUCCAUGGGUCCUCCGCGCUCUACAACCAACGUGUCCUCCAUGCGCUACAACGCCGCGGAUAACGGACGUCAGGGGCGCCCGCAGGAAGGAACCUCUGGAACAAAACGAGGCCUGCCACCAGCUUCUGCUGCCAAUAGCGCGGAUUCUUCUGACGCCGAAGAGGACACUGGGGAGCUUCCUGCAUCAGGUCUUGUCGCACCCUGGGAAGUGCUGCGAGGCCUGGCCGAUGUCGCCAUUGAACGGGCCGCCAAGGAGAACGGUGCAGAAAGUGAAGCGCCGAGCCGGGCCCGCACGUCCUCGCCUGAACCCCGCCAACCGCGCCCUGCAAAGCGCAGAAAGGUGCACCAUCUGCCGCCUCGAUCUACGACGUUCCCCGACGUGGUGACAAAGAAGAUCAUCUCCGAAGCGGAGGCCCGCGAGCUGUUCAGGAUAUUCUACCACGGUUGCUCAACGUUCCUGCCCGUGUUCGACGCGGGCGUGGACACGUACGACGCGCUGCACGAGCGCUCGCCGUUCGCGGUGGACUGCAUCUGCAUGGUUGCUGCCAAAGUGAGGGAUGGUGGCGGCAACCCCAGCGACGUGUUCUUGAAGUGCUUGGAGGAGGUCCAGGCCAUCUCGUGUGCGACCCUCUUCUCGCCGGUCACGCGGCAGGAGGCUGUCCAGGCCAUGGUUUUGGUUUCCGGGUGGUCCGACAACGGUUGGCUGAGCGGCGGACAUGCCGUCCGAAUGGCCAUGGAGCUUUCGAUGCACAAGGCAUGGCCCGAGCUCCUGAAGCGCAUGAAGGCUGGCAAGGCCACGACGUCUUCUAAAGAUAGGCAACUGGUCGUGUCCUCACGGACGUGGUUCUGUCUGUACCUCUUCGAGCAUCAAAUGUCGUACGGAACAGGACGGCCAGCGAUUCUCAAGGACGACGAGAGCAUAUGGCAAUGCCGGCUGCUUCUGCAACACCCGCUCGCAAUCGAAGAUGACAUGCGCCUGGUCUCGACUGUGGAGCUCAUGGCGAUUCGCGAGCGCGUCCACAAUAACUUGGCGCCACUCUUCGACCGCGCUGUGGACGAGAUCACGUUCAACGUCCUGCACGAGGCCGAUAUGGAGUUCCGCAACUGGUAUGCCACUUGGGAUCAGGCGUUUUCGCAGAAGUACGAGGAUGCGGCCUUCUACCGGCAGAGUUUGCAGAUUCAGCACCUGCACGCCGAGCUGUUCCACAACGCCACCGCUCUAAGAGGUAUUGAUGGCCCAGAGGAAGUCCAGAAGAUGCCUCCCGCACAGCGCGAGCUUGCCAUCCGGUCGAUCCAGAUUGGCCGGCAGAUCCUGGACAUCACGGUCAACUCGCCAUCGUACCGGGAGGGUAUGAAAUACGCGGUGCAUUAUACCCAUGCGACUGCCACGUUCUCGGCGUCGUUCUUGCUCCGCUUGUGUCGUCUCAUUCCGGACCAGUGUAACCCCCAGGAGAUCAGGGCCCUCGUCGAGCAAUUGUCUGCACUUCUCUCGGAGGUUCCUGGAGGGCGUUAUGCAUUGACGCUGCAGUUGAUGCUGAAGCGGUUCAGGAAGCGCAGACAGUCUAUCUCCUCCCGCUCACCAACAAUGGCGCGGGACCAACGGCAUCGAUCCGUCAGCGACGCUGGUGGAUAUUCGUCCGAUGCCGUCAGCCAGUCUACGACAUCGCAACCUCCCACUUCUCCGACGUUCGAGCCGCCAUACCAAGGUCACCCCGACGCCGUGGGUCAUGUCCCAAUGGGCCCGCCUCACCCAUAUGCCCAGCAGUACGCGCCAAACAUCGAGAACAUCUGGCGUGGGUUCGAGACUACCUCGAACGAGCAGCUUCCCGUGUGGCUCUCCGACCAAAGCCUUGGCGGCGCGUCGUUCGGCGCGAACGGUAUCGACGCCUUCCUUCUACCUGCCGACUAUCUCCCCGCCGCUCCUCAGAUCUGGUAAAUGUCGCACUCUUCUUUUCCAUUAUCAUCUCUCUGUACGCUCUCUUCAAUGCCCCUUCUAUGCCUGCUGUUGUCACGAGUAGUGGAUAUGUGCUUGCGGGACAUGCGAACCCUUUUACCUACCACGCGUAUGACUAUGUGUACUCCACUCAUUUCACUCAUCCUGCGAUACCCCAUGCUGCUGCACUGUAUCCAUUCCUCGACGACCGCCACGACGCUGCAUGCCAACCCACUCCUAUCUGCUAGGUUUACCCGUUGUUGUAGUCGAGCUUGUGUAUAUAUGCCGCAAUCCACUCCAUCUCAC